GAGAGUUGUGGGAGAGAGAGAGUGAAGAUUGCGAUGGCGCAUGACCAUCUGGGGAGGGGCUGAGUGGCUAGGGUUGGAGCGAAGGGAGACAGUAAAGGAAACAAAAUGGUGAUCAGAGACCUGUAGGGGGGUUGCAGAGCGAUUAGUAGGCGAACAGCCUCUAGUAAAGAUGAGGUCAAGCGUAUUGCCUGCCUUGUGAGUUGGAUGGGAUUGGGAAAGGGUGAGGUCAAAAGAGGCCAGGAGGGGAAAGAGGGAGUUGGAAAGAAAUUAAUCGAAGGUAGAUGUCGGGAGGUUGAAGUUGCCAAGUACGAAGAGCGGUGAACCAUCGUCAGGAAUUUAGUUAAUCAAGGUGUCAAGCUCAUUGAGGAACUCGCCAAGGGCACCUGGUGGGCGAUAGAUUACACAAUGUUAAGCUUGAGUGGCAAGUGACCGCAUUGAAUUCAAAUGAGGAGAUGGACAGUUGAGAAGAGAGGGAGUCGAGAGAAAAUCUCCAGUUAGGAGUAAUUGGUAGCCUUGUGCCACCACUGCGACGACCAGAUGCUCUUGGACUAUGAGAGAAAACUAGUCAGAUGAAGAGAGAGCAGCUGGAGUAGCAGUGUUCUCUAGGGUGAUCCAUGUCUUGCCAAAAAGAAAAUGAACUGAAGGGCAGCAUAGGCUGAAAUGAACUCAGCGUUCUAAAUCAUAAGUUAUGUCAAUAUGUUGUCAUGUUGUUUUUCGCUAAUCUGUCUGCCUAUUGACAAUGUCAUCAUCAUGUGCUGUUAUGGAUACACUUGGAUUAUUGCACCUGAAAAGCGUCUCUACCUUCCAAUGGGCGAGGAAAAGCCAGAGACGUUGGACUUUGUCAAAGACUUCCAAGAGUAUCUCAGCCAGCAGACUCAACAUGUGAACAUGAUCUCGGGCUCCGUCAGUGGAGUCAAAGAGAUGGACGACUUACCAACAGACUGCAGUCAGAAUGGAUUAGACCACCCCUCAGCGGAUAUGUCCCUUGAUGACGGCUCAGGGAUGCUGGUGGAUGGCUUCGAGAGAACAUAUGAUGGAAAACUCAAGUGCCGUUACUGUAACUAUGCUACCAGAGGCACAGCACGACUCAUUGAACAUAUCCGCAUUCACACAGGAGAGAAACCCCACAGAUGCCACCUGUGUCCUUUCGCCUCUGCUUAUGAGCGCCACCUAGAGGCCCACAUGCGCUCCCACACAGGAGAAAAGCCUUACAAGUGUGAGCUGUGCUCCUUCCGCUGCAGCGACCGCAGCAACCUUUCACACCACCGCCGCCGCCGGCACAAGCUCUUACCCAUGAAAGGUGCUCGCUCCUCUCUCUCCCACAAGAAGAUGCUAAGCGUCCUGCAGAAGAAGACCAGCCUGGGCUAUGGUCGCCGGCUCCUCAUCAACUUCAGCCCACCCUCCAUGGUGAUGCACAAGGCUGAGCACCUGGACGACUACUCCCACGAACUGCCCCACCUGCGCCAGGAGACCUACGAUGACCAGGGUGCUGGUGGGGAUGGAAGCUCCAGGGACGACCACCACCAUCACCACCACAACUUGAUCAUGGACAACCCCCUCAACCAGCUCUCCACCCUGGCCGGCCAACUGGCCAGCCUGCCCUCCGAAGCUGAGGGCCAGACCCAACAGCCUCCCAUGUCUCCAGGUACAGAGUCCUGUGUGGACGAGAAGCCCUUCCUCAUCCAGCAGCCUCUCCCAGCCACUGCUUCUGCUGCUGUGUCAGCCAGUGCUGCCCAUGCCUCCUCCUCCCCCAUCACCCCAGAGCCCAGGCCCCCACCACACAGCAACUGCAGCCCCGGGGCAGGUCCCUGCAGCGAGCACAGCGGACGCACAAGUACCCCCAGCAUCACCAACAGCCAGCCCAGCACACCAGCCCCAGGCUUGCCCUCGCUGCAUCAAGACCCCCAGAUGCUGCACCACUGCCAGCACUGUGACAUCUACUUCCCUGACAACAUCCUGUACACCAUCCACAUGGGCUGCCACGGCUACGAGAACCCCUUCCAGUGCAACAUCUGUGGCCACAAGUGCAGGAGCAAGUAUGACUUUGCCUGCCAUUUUGCCAGGGGGCAGCAUAAGCAGUGACUUGUCGCCGGGUCAGUGACAAAGGACUGGAGAUGAUGAAUGAAGGUGUUUUUAUUUAAUUCCAUUUAUUUAUUGCUGUUGAUCUUUCUGAAAUUGGCCUUGAUGUAGCCUUUGCAAAUUCUGUGUAGUGAAUUUGAUUUUACAGGAAAGGAAAUAACAUUUGACAGUGCCCAUGUGUAUGUAAUGUGUAGGGAUGGAGUGGUUUAGAGGUACAACUCACUUGACCUGUUUGAUCAUUAAACAUUCCUUAUGUGGGUUUUUAACAUGAACACUAUUUUCAGCCUUACAAAUGUACUGUAGUUAUAGAUGAUACUAACAUUUUGUGAGAGUGCUCUUUUAGUGGCUUUAACCAUAACCAAGUAAACCAUUUCAGAGUGCAAAGACGGCACCAUUUAUGCUUCCAACAGUGCCUACGAUAUUCACAAUUGCUUAACCUGUACUUAAAUCGACACAUCUGACAUCUUUAUUACAUUUUUUCUGUUUGUUGUCUUUAGAUGAGGGUGUUCUGUUGUCGUUUGUGAUGGAUCUAUACACAGUGCCCUUCCUUAACCAGCAGCUUUUUGCUUAUUGGGUGUUGUUGAAAAUAAAGCAUAACCUAUACAUCAUGUUAUAUUCUGACAUUUAAAUGGCAUAUGUCAUUGUGAGAUCCAACAUCUUUACUGUCAAAGCAUUAUCACCAUAUCUAUUUUUUCUCUUUUGUCAAUCCUUUUUAGUACAGAAUUGCCAAGUAGCACCAGAGAUGCCAUGUUUUAGCAUACAUGCUAUGCCUUGGGAUUCCUUCUGUCCUUCUAUAAUCAAGGCAUUGCAUAUUAUGGAUCUCAGUGCUUUCUUAGAUAUUUAUUGAGUAUUGUAAUCUACAUUUCUCGGUCAGAUAGGUGUUAUGUGUCAAUGAAGUUGAAAUUAUACUGAAGUGAAGAUUACUGCCAUAGCAGGGUUGUUUUGUAUUGGAUACUGUCGUGUCUGUUGCAUAGCAACAUUUGUGGAGAACAUAGUUACUGUUUCUAGGACUAAUUGCACGUCACCAUGCUUACAGGCGUCCAAUGAUUGAGGGGUUAUGUAAAGGUAAAGUUAACAGAAAAAAAAAACUUGUAAGGGAGUUUGUUUAAUGUGUUGUAUCUUUAUAGAGCAGGUGAAUGUUGAAGCGUUUUGGCGAUCAUUAUAUCCCCUUGGAUGACAAAUCAUUUUAUGUGAGAGUAAUAUUAACACAUUUCUAAGUAAAAUGUUUUCUAACAGAU